AUGGGGAAAACUCUAGGAGCCGUAGUGGCAGUCGCUGCAGGAAAGACUGCUGUAGCUGUGGGAGCAGCUACAGGAGGGCUGUUGGGUGGAUCUGUAGGAGCUGUUACAGGGACAGAGGCUGCCAGCCCACGAGAAGGGGCAAAUGAGACCCUGAGGCAGGUGGGUGUCCUUGGCAUGACUGCAGUGGGAGUGGCGGCUGGUAUUGGCAGUGCUUUAGGUGCUGGUGCUGUUAUGGGAGCAGCCCUCGAAGUAGGAAGUGAAGCCUUCAUUGGUGGAGCUGUGUCGGCUGUUGGGGCAGGGUUAUCUCAUGCAUCAAUUGCCCCGGGUGCUUUAGAAGAAAGGCAUCAGGCACAGUUUGCUCAGGAAGCGGCUGCAGGUGCUGUAGCAGCAGCCAGCCCAGCAGAAGUGGUCUUCACAGGGCCCAGUGUGUCCUCAGUGGUCAAUACCUGCAGCUCUGUUUCAGUGAGCAGUCACCUGCUGAAUGCAGUGGCUGAGAUCAGCAAGGCUGCAGCAGGCAUUGCUCUGGCUGGAAUCCGCAGUGGACCCCGGGGCGGUCUGUGUUUCCUCUGCCGAGGACAAGGCGCUGAUCCGCGGCUCAGGAUGGACGGGGAGUUUAUACAGACCAUGGAGACCAUGGACCCCACUCUGGCCGAACUCGGAGAUGAAUUCACACUGGGAGAUAUAGACGAGAUGCUGCAGUUUGUCAACAACCAAGAUUUCCCGGAUCUUUUUGAGGACCAAGUACACCAGGCAGCAGCUGCACAGGGCACCACAGCCGCCCAGAGGCCUGUGCUUCAAAUCCCCCAGCCCACUCAAAUCCCUCACUCGUCUGCUCCCACAGCCUUCCAGAACUCUACCACCUCAUUGACGCCAACCCAAAUCCUCUCAUCCCAUUCUGUCCCCCUGACCCCUCCCCUCACACCAGCACAGACUCCCUCCCCAGUUACAGUGGUCUCAUCAGUGCAGCAGAUGACACGGAGCCCACCACUCCUUCAGCCAAGACCACCAACAAUUCAGCAAAUCCAGCCUCAGCUGCAACACACUCAGGCCACAAUUCAGGGAAUCCCCAUGCAGACCCAGAACUUCCCCGUGCACACUCUGGUCCAGACACACACUCAGACAGGCCUGCCGAUCCAGACCCAGGCUCCUCAGACGGUCAUGAUCACCUCUAAUGGAGGACAGUCCCGCUUCAUCCACAAUCAAGUCAUCUGCCACCAGAGUCCUACACAAAGCUUCCAAGUACUUCAACCCCAGGUCCAGAGCAUUAUGACAUCACCACACCUUCAGCCAAUGACAAUUCAACACCAGCGCGUCCUCACCCCGACCGGACAGACCAUACAGACCCUCUCGCCCACCACGGUCCACACCAUGCAGCAGCCAGUGCAACAAGUCUUAGUGCAGCAACCUCAAAUUCUUAAAACCGACUCGUUGGUGCUCACAACACUCAAACCAGAUGGGACACAAGUACUAUCAACCAUGCAGACUCCAGGGAUCACCACUCUGUCUACGCCUAUUCAGAACACUGCUCUACAAGUGCCAACUUUGAUGAGUAGCAACAUCCUGACCACAGUCCCAGUUCUGAUGGGAGGCGGGGAUAAAUUGCCCAUAAAGCAGCUUCAGACGAGCUCCGGACAGUGCACCAAUGUUCAUAGAUCCCACAUGGACCAAAUGGCCGUCGGCGGGAUGGUCCAGGGAGGCGUGGUAAAGGAGGGCGAGAAGAGGAGUACCCAUAACAUCAUUGAGAAACGAUAUCGGUCUUCAAUCAAUGACAAGAUCCUGGAACUCCGAGACCUGGUGAUGGGCAAUGAUGCGAAGAUGCACAAGUCAGGAGUUCUGAAAAAAGCUAUUGAUUACAUAAAGUACUUGCAACAGGUUAAUCAAAAGCUGAGGCAGGAGAAUGCAACGCUGAAGAUGGCCAACCAGAAAAACAAGCCCUCGUUACUGUCCGAAGAUAUGGAGCUCAAACAGGAGAUUGUGAUGAUGUCGCCCCCUGCAUCAGACUCCGGCUCGGGAUCCCCUCCCCAGUUUUCACCUUACUGUGUCGACUCAGAGCCAGGCAGCCCACUAAUGGACCAUGACCAGGUAAAGAGUGAACCCGACUCUCCCUCUUCAGUUGGAGUCAUGGACGGCUCUCGUCUGCUGCUGUGCGCCCUGACCUUCUUCUGCCUCUCCCUAAACCCUCUGCCCUCGCUGCUGGGGUCUGAGAGCACAGUGGGCAGUCCCCUCACUCUGAGCCAUGGACCAUCAAGAACACUUUCCUGGUUUCCAACUCAUACACAAGACUUUGGCUCGUGGAUACGGUGCCUGUUGCCAUGGGUGAUAGCCUGGGUCCUGAGUGGGGUGGGGGCCGUGUGGGGCUGUGCGAGAGUGCUGUAUCUGUGGGAGCCUGUCACACCGCUCCACUCACCAAAAUCAGUGUCAUUCUGGAGGCAUCGUAAACAAGCAGACUUGCAUCUCAAGAGAGGGGAUUUCACAGCUGCUAUGGCAAGUUUGGAAACGUGUUUGUCCAUUUUGAAUAGAGCUCUACCGUCCACUAAUCUCGAUCUGGCCUGCUCACUCUCCUGGAAUAUAAUUCGCUACAUCAUCCAUCGCCCCACUCCCUUGGGUUGGCUCGUUCACCAAGUCAGAGGGAAGCAUGAGGGAGAUGAGGCAAGGACCAGUGCAAAAGAUGCAGCUCUGGUUUACUACAGACUGAGCCAGCUGCAACUCACAGGGAAGCUGCCACAGCGGAGCCACUGGUGGGCCCUGUCCCUGUCUUUCAGUGCUGUAAACCUCAGUGAAAGCGCUAAGAGCAAGAUUGUGCCUGCUCAGCUGAUACAGAUUUAUAUCACUGCAGCUACAGCCCUGCGCAUUAUUCUGGGCCAUCACUUCACCUUUCUGCCUAGUUAUGUUUUGAGUUGUGCAGAGAGUGUGGCAAACCAAGCAGACACAAAAUCCAUCCCAGACCAGCUGUGUUGGCUUUUCACCCCAUUAGGCAAACAGUUCUUCCUGAGCUGUGAUUGGUCAGUGAGGUCUGAUGACGAUGAUGGAGUCUACACUUCCCAGAGGGAUUCAGCUGAUCCUCAUGCCCAGCUGCACCGUGGCUUCUGCAGGAAGCUUUUGGAGAGAGCAGUUCAUACCCUCAUUCAACCACAAACGGGCUUGGAUAUAGAUAAACGGAAGAAUCACUCUGGGGAGUUUUCUGGCGCCCUUGAGUUUCUCCAGUUGCUCAACAGCUGCACAGAAGAGUCUCCCUCAACGCCUGCUUCUUUUUCAACUCCCCCGACACACACCAACACUACAGUUGCAGACCCAGUGAGUCGCUGGUGGGCGCUGGUUCUAAAGGCAGCAGUUCUUUGGCUGCAGGGCGACGAUGUUACUGUAAAAUCCUUAUUGUCUGAAGCUGAGCGCAUGCCAAGAGCACUGCACACGCUCGACCACUCUCUUCCCAAAGCAGUGCUGUUGCUUUGUAAAACCGUUCACAUGAGUUUGGCACCUUUGAAAGGAGAAGGCCUCAUCACCUGUCUGUCUCAGUGCGACAGAGCCAGUAGCUACAUGCGCUCCAGCAUCUCUGUGGCUCUGACUCAGUCGGGCAACUACCUCCACAAGGGCGUGGAGCUUCUUGUCUGUGACCUCCUCUUGACCUUGAGGACGAGUCUGUGGCAGCGCAGUGGCACCAGUAAUGGAGAACCAGCUCCUGCACCUAUAUCGUUCCUGCCAGGUUUUCAGAGAGAUCUCAGUGCUCUCCGAAAGCUCACUCAGUGUUACAGACAGGCUCAGCAUAAGGUUUUUCUUCAUGAGACGACUGUUCGACUGAUGGCCGGAGCGAGCCCCACACGGACGCACCAACUUCUAGAGCACAACCUUCGCCGCAGAACCAACAGCUCCUUCUUGAGUGGUGAGUGUGUCUUGGGAGAGAGGGAGAGGGCACAUGCCAUCCUACUCGCCUGCCGCCACCUUCCCAUGCCUCUUCUAACCCCUCCUGGGCACCGCGCUCGCCUGCUGGCUGAAGCCAAACGCACCCUGGAACGAGUGGGAGACAGACGUUCCCUUCAGGACUGUCAGCAGAUCCUCCUGCGUCUCAGUGGAGGGACGACUAUUGCCGCUUCAUGA